AGUCACUAUAACUCACAUGUUCAGCCAGCAUGCUGCACAUACACUGGACACUGGACACGGACACUGGACACGGACACUUGUCACUGGACACGGACACUGGACACUGUCCCGGGUCAUCGGAUCCCAGCCCGGCGCGUGUUCCGACUGCCGUGAGGAGGACUGCGCGGACAUCGAUGGGGCGCAGGAGCCGCGUCUUCACCUGUCCUGCCGGCGGCGGCGCAGGCGGAGACUUGGACUUGGACUUGGACUUGGACGGAGAAGGAUCAGGCCAGUAAGGCGCUGAGGACGCCAUCAGCUCCCCGGGAUUAGUGGCUGAGGGCGAGGGAACAAUGCGGCGCGGCUCGGUGCGUCAUUCCCGGCUCAGGUUGGCGAGGAGGAGGACGCGCGGUCCCCGGACUCCGAGCUCCCUUCGGCGGCAGUGAGGCGAACACAAGCCUCCCCCGGCGAGGAUAAUAUGACUUCCUGCCCGCGGACACAUGGCCGCGUCCCUCUGAGUCUCCUGCUCGGCCUUCUAGUCUCCUUCUGCGCAGAAGCAGAAGUGUCUCCUCCGGGCAAGGUGUGCUGGUCCCCCGGGGUCACGUCCUGCACCCAGUGUCUGGGGCGUGGCCCGCAGUGUUCCUGGUGCUUCAAGGAGGACUUUCUGGAUGGAGCGGCUUUGAGCCAGCGCUGUGACCUCCAGGCCAACCUGCUCAGCCGAGGCUGCGGAGCCGAGUUCACCGAGCGCUCAAAGGUCCGAGUGGAGGUCGACGCCACCACAGGCGGCACGCAGGUGUCGCCGCAAGACGUCAGCGUCACGCUCACGCCAGGCUCAGACGCCAGCUUCAUGGUGGCCGUGAAGCAGCUGCCGCGUUACCCGCUGGAUCUUUACUACCUGGUGGACGUCUCCGCGUCCAUGCAAGAAAACCUCGAUCAUCUGAAGACGGUGGGCGUGGCUUUGUCUCUGCGGAUGACGGAGCACUCCUCGGACCUUUGGCUGGGGUUCGGUUCCUUCGUGGACAAGCCGGUGUCACCUUACAUCAACGUGCACCCCACCAAGAUCAACAACCCCUGCAGCGAUUACGAGAUCCGCUGCCGCCCCGCCCACGGCUUCCAUCACGUCCUGAGCCUGAGCGGGAACAUGAGCCAGUUCACACGUGUCAUCAAACGCCAGCGCAUCUCUGGGAACAUGGACACGCCCGAGGGGGGGCUGGAUGCCAUGCUGCAGGCUGCAGUCUGUCAGAAAGCGGUGGGUUGGCGUCCGGAGGCCAAACGUCUGCUGCUCCUGAUGACCGACCAGCCGUCCCACCUGGCCCUGGACAGCAGACUGGCGGGCAUCGUGGUGCCGCACGACGGCCUGUGUCACCUGGAGGACAACAUCUACAGCGGGAGCACCAGGAUGGACCACCCGAGUCUGGGCCAGCUGUCUGACAAACUGCUGCAAAACCACAUCCACGCCAUCUUCGCUGUGGAGAAACAACAGUACCAGUGGUACCAGGAGUUAGUGCGCUUGCUGCCCGCCUCCUACCUGGGCAAGAUUGGCUUCUUCCAGUCUCCCAACCUCAUUGACCUGGUGGUGGAUGCGUACAAGAGCUUGCUGGCGGAGGUGUCCUUGUCCGUGUCGGUGGACGACCGGGCAUUCAGCAGGUACUGGACCUCGGUCUCACCCAUCUGUCCUAACGGCUCUGCGGCUAAUAACCACAGCUGCUCGGGGGUGCAGCCCAACCAGACGGUGUACUUCAAGGUUACUAUCGGCCUGCACUCCUGUCCUGACCACGGCGCAGACGAGGACGUUGAAGUGAUGGUCCGCCCGGUGGGCUACAAUGAAUCCACCAGGGUCAGGGUCCACUCUAAAUGUCACUGCAGCUGUGGGCCGACAGGAAGCUGCCGUGACAGCCAACAGUCGCCGUGCGCCGGGACUUCAGAUGGCGCCGGUCUGGAGCGCUGGCCGCAUCAGGGCCUUUUUAGGAAUGAAUCAAAGUGGCGCUGUCGAGCAGACGGCUCCGAAGUGGACUGUAGCGGCCGAGGAGUGUGUGAAUGUGGGCGGUGUGUGUGUGAGCAGAGUCGACUUGGCGCGGUCUACGGGAAAUACUGCCAGGUGGACGACUUCUCCUGUCCUUAUGGAGGAGGACUGCUGUGUGGGGGACGGGGAAUGUGUGUGUCGGGCGAGUGUGUGUGCGAGGACGGCUGGACGGGCGACAGCUGCGGUUGUUCCCUCGCCGUGGCGACCUGCCAGUCACCUGACGGGUCGCUGUGCAGUGGGCGGGGCAAGUGCGUGUGCGGCCGAUGCGUGUGUGACGGCCGGGGAUACUCCGGGGACCUCUGUGACAGAUGUCCUGCCUGUCAAAGCAGCUGUCAGUCAAACUGGAAGUGUGUGGACUGUCACGUGUCUCGUGGUCUCACACAAAAUGAGAAACACUGCAACCGCACUUGUGGAUCGGAUGUCAUCCACAUCAAUGCUAGGCUAACAGGAAGCAGGGAGCUUCACUGUAUGUACGUCGGCGAUGACAGCUGUCGCUAUUGGUUUCAAAGCCGCUUAGAGUCUGGACGGGAGCAGCUUCACAUCAGCACCAGAGCAGAAUGUGCCAGUGGAGGCCGGGUGCUGGGGACCUUCCUAAGUGUGUGCGCGCUGACUGUCCUGUGCGGGCUGGUGGUGGUGGCCGUGUCCAGGCUGCUGCUCCAGAAAAGAGGCCGGUCACUAGAGGGCGCCACUCAGGAUGGAGCCUACCUCUGCACGGGCAAGGAGCUAUCCUACAUCCCGACGAGCAACGAGAAAACGGUCACCUACAGGAGAGAGCCACCGCCUGACCACGCGGUGGAGAUGACCGUUCACGUCAAGAUGCCCCUUGGCGAGCCCUGGCAGUGACGGCGGGACCAGAAAGAAGUCCGUGGCCAGGUCCGUGGGAAUCCAACCUGGCCAGUUUGACGGUGGGGCUGGAGAAAAAAAGCCUUGGGACUGGAAAGGCCAGUAUUGUGGAUCAAAGAGCACAAAUACUUCCUGUGCAGCACUCAUCACUCUCAUUGAUGUAAGUGUGUGUGUGUGCGUGUGUGUGUGUGUGUGUGUGUGUGUGUGUGUGUGUGUGUGUGUGUGUGUGUGUGUGUGUGUGUGUGUUGCUCAUAAUAUUGCAGUUUGUUUGGGUCUCUGCGAGCCAUAAACUCUUAAUCUCAAACGUAGGCUGCCCUCUGGUGGUCAUCAUGAGGUACGACGUAUGUGUCCUCCAUGUAGUCAGUGCUUGGUCUAUUAUUCAUUGUUGGGUUCUAGAUGUUUCCCCCUCAUGCUGUGUUCCCAGGAAGAGCAGAUUCCUGGGAUUUGAAGUCGACUUGCACUUGUGUGACAUAUUAUAUAUAUAUAUAUAUAUAUAUAUAUAUAUAUAUAUAUAUAUAUACAUAUAUGUAUGUGUAUGUAUAUAUAUUAUACUACUGACGUGGGCAUUAAGGGAGCAGUAGCCCAUCCACUGGAAUCGCCAUGCAAAUGUAAACACAGCAUGAUCAUGUGACCUGUGACAUGUGACCUGGUGCCGAUUGUCGACCAUCUGCUAGAUCUCCUGAGUCCGGGAUGAACACUCACCUGGCCUCAGAUCCCAGGUGGAGCCUCUGGACUGGACAAGUCCUCUUGCACUAUUAGACCUCCUCCUAGUUCUUGUGUUGAAGCAAUGAUGUUUACAGCCAUGGCUGCUCCAUUAUUUCUGUGAAGUCUAUUUAUUUGCUCUUGUGAGGUCACAGGUGUCAAACUCAAGGACCGCCUUGUCAGUUGUUGUUGUCCGCCAAAUCUAUUAAAGGUGGCCCACCACUUCAAUUUAUAUAGUCCUCCUUGUUAUUUACGUGCCCCCCCCACCCCCCCAAAUCAUUUUUUGUGAUGCAGCCUGUAAUGUGGCCCCUUAAAUCCUUUUUAUGUGGCCCACUAUGCCAUUUUAUUGUUGACCGCCACUCUAUUUAUGUGGCCACUCACUUUUUAAAAAAAUCCAGCCUGGCUUAUCAUUUAGUGUUGUCCACCAUGUAAUUUCAAUGUGGCCCACCACGUCAUUUAAUGUUGUCCACCACAUCAUUUUAUAGUGGUCCACCAUGUCACUUAAUGUUAUCCAACAGAUCAUUUUAAAGUGGCCCACCACAUCAUUUAAUGUUGUCCACUACGUCAUUUAAUGUUGUCCACCACAUCAUUUUAUAGUGGUCCACCAUGUCACUUAAUGUUAUCCAACAGAUCAUUUUAAAGUGGCCCACCACAUCAUUUAAUGUUGUCCACCACGUCAUUUAAUGUUGUCCACCACAUCAUUUUAUAGUGGUCCACCAUGUCACUUAAUGUUAUCCAACAGAUCAUUUUAAAGUGGCCCAGCACAUCAUUUAAUGUUGUCCACCAUGUCACUUAAUGUUAUCCAACAGAUCAUUUUAAAGUGGCCCACCACAUCAUUUAAUGUUGUCCACCAUGUCACUUAAUGUUAUCCAACAGAUCAUUUUAAAGUGGCCCACCACAUCAUUUAAUGUUGUCCACCAUGUCAUUUAAUGUUAUCCAACAGAUCAUUUUAAAGUGGCCCACCAGAUCAUUUAAUGUUGUCCACCAAAUCAUUUUGUAUUGACCCGCCUCAUCAUAUUAUUGCAGACUACUACAUCGUUGUAAUGUGACCCGCAUCAUCAUUUUAGAGUGGCCCACAAUGUCAUUGGUGUGGCCUGCAAAACACUGUAUAUAAAACAGCACUUCCUGAUUAAUUGUGAGUUUUUUCUUUCACUUAAAUCAUCUACUUUUCAUCUGAUCCAUCCAUCUGUACAAAAUAUGCUUUUCUGUUUAAGUUCACAUGUAAUCAAUGUUGCAAGUGGCCCCCGAGGGCCGCUUUAAUUGCGAUGUGGCCCCUAAUAAAAUGAGUUUGACACCCCUGGCCAAGGAACAUGUGUUGGAAUAAAAUCACAAAUGUGUUUGUAAGACUAAUUGUGUGUCCCACAUUGUGAUUUUGCAGCAGGGAAGGGAUUCACAGGGUGGAUCUCGCGUGAGAGGAAGAGGGGUUAAUUAAUUUGCAAUGCAGUCUGCUGAAAAUGAUGGAAAGUGCCACUCUACAUAGCAAGUGGUAAAAGUUGGAAUUAAAUUUGAAGAUAUUCCACAUUCUACUGCCAUCGUGUAACCAACCCCAAUUCGUCACGUUUCAUGUGUCAGGUAAACCGUGACGAAUGCCCCCACCCCCCUGCUACUGCACGCCUAAGAGUCGCCAUGUUGCGUCCUCUGCUGUGGAAAUUUGUGUUUUGCAGAACGGAGCUUUUCUUCCCCAAAAUGUUUUUUUUUUAAUGCUGGGAAAAAAAAGUCCACUGCACAGGACGUCACUUUUCAGAAGGAUCCAGCAAAAUAAGUACUUUUAUUUCUGUGUUUUAUUGAUUUUUACCUGAGUUUAGUGGUGUUAUUCAACAUAGCUCUUUGAUUUGAUUAUUUUCUCAAAAACGUGUCUCACCAAGCACCAGCAUAAUGACCAGCAUUAAAAUACAGUAGCAGAGUAGGCCUAAGCGUUCAUUAAAGUCAAGGUAGAUGCUUUGUUUAACAAGCUCAUAUUUUUGCCCACUGUAAAAUUACACAUAGUUUGAACAGUAACACUGCAUGAGACAAUAAAACAUGAAUUUAUAAAAUCCUAUAAACUAAAUCGGACGAAUCUUCACAAAAAUAUUUGCGUGAGAAUUGACACAUCGUUCUAUUCACCAGAAGUCACUGACUGGCCUCAAUCGUCACGGUUUACCUGACACAUGAAAUGUGACAAAUUGGGGGUGGUUGCACUACCAACUUUGGCCACCGGAUGGCAGUAGAGCAUUGAAUAUCUUAAAAUGUGUUUUGUGGCAAUUCCAACUUUGACCACAGCGUCAGUUGCUCUCCAUCAUUUCCAGCAGACUGCAUUGGAGAAUGAUUAAUCCCCCCCAGCCCAGGACUGGGGCCAUAUGAAUAUAAAUCCCUUCUCUGCUGUAGUUGUCUUAUCUACGUUAAUAAUAAAAAGAGCAAUACGCAAAUCAUCUCAUUGAAGUAAAAGCAGUUUUAAGUGCAGUUUUAAUGUCAACUGUGAUCGUUUUCUUCGCAAUAAAAACACUUUUUAAAUGAA